GCAAAAACCGACCUUUCUAUAUAAACACUCCACACUACCUCAUAAGCUCCAAAUUAUAAGGGAUUAAAAAAAAAAAUCUAUCCAUUAACACUCGUAGAGUAAUAUCUCGCCGGCGACAAUCCUGACUUGCCGGAAAAUGAAAAUUCCGAUCAAUUGUUCCGAUUCUUCUCCCCGCACGUUCAAAACUCGAAUCUCCAUCUUCCAUCGUCGCGGAGAAUCAUAGCACCUUAUCUUCGAUUUAUUCUUCCGUACCUGUUGUGAUGCUCUUUGUAGGUUUUAGGGAGUCUGAUAGUGACGGAUGCUGUGAAAUUGAGCAAAUUUGCUGUGAAAAUGGCGUUUGGAGUUGAGAAUUUUCCAUUUAGCUACUUUUUUCAGCUCGUAGGCACGGAGAAUUUUGAAGUGAUUGUUGGUGAAAUUUUGAUGAAUUUGUUCUGAAUCCUUUUUUUUUUCAAUUCGUAAAUCCGAAACAAAAUGCCUUUUCCAAUGAGAAUCCAGCCGAUCGAGGUCAUCCGCAACGACGCCGUCAAACCGCCGGUGCUGAGGUCGCGGCUGAAGCGACUUUUCGACCGCCCGUUCACCAGCGUUCUGAAGAUCUCGUCGGCCGACAAGCAGGCCGGCGGAGGCGAGAAGGACGGCGGCGGUGCGGCCGAUUUCGAGCCGAGCUCCGUUUGUUUGGACAAAUUGGUGCAGAGCUUCAUCGAGGACAGCAAUGAGAAGCAGUCCUCCGCAGCCUCCGCGAAGUACGGCCGGCACCGCUGCAACUGCUUCAACGGCAACAGCAACGACAGCUCCGACGACGAUGACGACGAGCUCGGCUUCUUCUCCGACUCGUUAACAGCAAAUUCCUCCGUCAUCGACCCUUCCGAUACUCUCAAGAGCUUGAUACCCUGCGCUAGCGUUGCGGAGAGGAAUCUGUUGGCCGACACUUCCAAAAUCGUCGAGAGCAACAACAGAGCCUGCAAAAAGAAAGGCGAUCUGCGAAAAAUCGUCGCCGACGGCCUGAUUGCCCUCGGAUACGACGCCGCUGUCUGCAAAUCCAAAUGGGAAAAAUCAACCUCCAUCCCUGCCGGCGAAUACGAGUACAUAGAUGUGAUUGUAAAAGGGGAGAGGAUAAUAAUCGACGUUGAUUUCCGAUCAGAGUUCGAGAUCGCGCGGUCGACGAGCGGCUACAGGACGGUCCUGCAUUGCCUGCCGUCGAUUUUCGUCGGAAAAUCCGAUCGCCUCCUGCAAAUUCUGAUCAUCGCGUCGGAAGCCGCCACGCAGAGCCUGAGGAAGAAAGGGAUGCACAUAGCGCCCUGGCGCAAGGCGGAAUACACCAAAUCAAAGUGGCUCAGCCCCCACACGCGCGCGCCCGAGCCGAGGUUGAGCGGUGGCGCCGUCGAUGUGCCGGCCGGAGAGCAGUCAGAGGCGGUGGUUGUGGAAGCCACGGCGAGCGAGUGCGGGGAGCUGGAUCUGAUUUUCGGGGAGGGGACGACCUCGUCGUCGGAGUGUGGUGCGGAGGAGCUCGAAUCGCCGGCGAGGCUUCUUGUUCACCCCUUGUGCCCUCGUGGAAAGAGUAUGUAA